AUGGGAUCAUUAGCUCUCAUUUUACCCAUUUGAUCCUGGUUCUGCGAAUUGAUUCCUGUGUUUCUUUUAUCCCAACAUAUUAACAUAUUUAAAAUAUCAUAGCGUCUACUAGGAGAUAAUGUGACAGAUAAACCGCAGGGACUCGGUACAACUUUCCAAAGAUAUAUUAUAGGACACUGGUAAUACGCAUACGUUGACAGUGGAAAAUUGUGCCAAGUCCCUGUGAGAUAAACCUCUCGGAAAACAUGAACGUAUUGUUCGUACUUGUUCUCUUUUCCGGAUUCGGAAUGAAUCUGGUGGAUGCAGACAGAUUUGGGAGUUCCUCCAGCAACCCCCCAGAGGGUGUUGAUAGCCGUGUCUUAACUUUGAUAUUUGACCUCGAGAAUCGUGUGAAAAAUCUCGAAGACACCCGCGCUGAAGAUGUAAGGCGAAUGAGUAAUAUGCAGCAGGAAAUUGAUGAGCUCAAAUAUGAAAACCGUCGUUUGCAACACCUGUCAUAUCACCGUGAUGUGGUCACUUUAAAAUCGGAAACGGAGAAGACGCCUAUCGGUUACCGAUAUGAUAACGAUGAGCUCGGUUCGAGAACUGCUGGAAGUAUACAGGACCCAGCACUUAACCACACAACAAGUGAACCAGAGCAAAAUGAAGGCAUGUCAAUAAAGGAGACCAAAGCCAGUCUGUUCAGACGUCGCCUUCGGAAGGAACCGUCCAUUCAAAAGGGCUUUACUCGCGUAGGACUGACGAAUACUGUGAUCGCCUUUCAUGCAAUUCUUGGAUAAGAUGUUCUAGCAUCUGCAAUAAAUCACGAGAUCGUGUUCGAUCGAAUCAUCACAAACAGAGGGAAUUUGUAUUCGGAACACACAGGAACAUUCACCUGCCAACAUCCGGGUACUUACGUCUUUUCCUGGAGUAUACGUGUACAGUCCGGCCAUUUCUUAGACUCCCACCUGGUAAAGAAUGGUUCCAUAAUGGGAUCCAUCAUUUCUGCAUCUGGAUACCAUGGUAAUACCAAUAGUGGUUUAGUUGUCAUACAGAUUGACAGCGGUGAUGAGGUAUGGGUGAAAGUUGGUAAUCGUGACAGUGGUACAAACGUGUAUUCCUACUGGAGCAUGUUUUCUGGCUUUAAACUGAUUUAAUAAUUAAAAUCCCUACUACU